CUUACUGUACCUCUGAUGUCACUUGCUGACAAGCGACUCCAAACAGGAAAUGGUGAGGGAACCGGAGACUGGGAACUGGCAGGGAAUGUGAGUGUGAGAGCGGCAGAAUGCAGCCAGCGGAGAGAGAUGCAUCUUCUCUGGGAGGAUCCAGCUGGUCUGAGGGUAGCCCAACUAUGACAGAGUCGCACUCGGAGUCUCCGCAAAGCACCACCAAGGUGCAGGCAUUUGACCUCUUCAACCUGGUAGUCUCGUAUAAGAGAAUAGAAAUAUAUUUGGAGCCUAUUAAAGAUUCAUGGGAAGGAAUCAAAUAUCUGCUGAGGUGGCAGAUGCCCCUUUGCUCAUUUUUUACCUGUAUUACACUAAAUCUCUUGCUGCUAACCCUAAAUGAAGUGGCUUGGUUCUCUGUGGGUGCCCUGUUCAUCUCAAUACCGGCUCUAAUUGGAUACCUCCAGGAAAUGUCCAAAAUCCACAUCCCUGAGCCUGAACUCGCCCGAAGGAAAUAUUACAGCGUAAGGCGGGAAGAGCUACAGAAAGUUAAGCUUUCUCGCCAAGAAGCAGUGGCAGAGUUUAAAAGUUUUUUAAUCCACUUGGAGAGCAUACUGAAUUUGAUAUGUGGCAGCUGCGAGCGAGUCUAUCAAGUCCUGUACUGGCAGAAUCCUACCGCUUCAUUUCAGCUCUAUGGACUGCUGCUGGGUGCAGUGUGCAUUAUUUAUCUCCUGCCUUUGUACUGGGUUUUGGCCAUUGUGAACAGCACUUUAUUUUUAAAGAACUCUGACUUCUACAGAGUUGUUGCUGAGUGCAAAGCAUCCUUGCAGCAGAAAGGCAGCGCUGAGAGUGUAUCUAUACGACCAGCCCAAGUUUCUCAAGAGGUAGAAAAUGGCUCCAUUUUGGAUCGUACACCUACUCCAGUACCAACCAGUUCUGAGUUCUCCUCCUGCUUGGACAGCUCAGAGUUCACAAGCCAUAAACUGAGCUUCAUUUGCACUGCAUCCCAUGAUCCCAGCCUUGUCAUGGAUCUUUCUCCGGGAAGCGUGGAAGAGGCAGAGGAGGCUGAACCAGAUGAAGAAUUUAAAGAUGCAAUUGAGGAACAACAGCUAAUGACAAUGGAUGAGGAUGAUGUGUCCCAAUGCACUGCUGAAUAUGAUAACCUCCAAGACAAUGGUUUUCUCAGCAAGAACGAGGUCAUCAAAAGCAAAGUGUCCAAACUGACCGAAAAGCUGCGUAAACGAUACCCCACCAAUAACUUGGGUACAUGCACUGGCUGCAAUGCAACAUUUUCAGUACUAACACGAAAAAGGCGCAGUUGUACCAACUGUGGAAAUAUAUUGUGUUCGAGAUGCUGUUCGUACAAAGUUGCCAAAUCAGUUAUGGGGGCAACAGCUCCAGAUGCACAGAGAGAAACAGUAUUUGUUUGUGGAAUUUGCAACCAGGCAUUAAGCAAAUAGGAACUGAACCUAUCCCUACGGACGCAGCUGAACUAUCUUCUCAAUCCUCAGUUAUGUGUAGAACCAUCUAUAGAGUGUAACAUCUCUGGUGUGAAUGUGGUAUUUACACAAACCUGUUCCUGUGUGCAUAUGCAUCUAUAGCAUUCCUGUCUCAAGUGCACUCACCUAGAUGCAUAAUGCUAUUUGUGCGGUUAUAUUCCCAGGGGAAACUGGAUCAGCAGCUUCGGCCCAAUAUCCCUCUGUUGUUUUCAGCUAAAUCUAACUGUAGGCUUUGCAAGGUUCCACGAAAAUGGCAAAAACUUUGCAUCUUCCAAUGCGCGAGGGCGAAUGAAUUUGGUUUUAAUGAGGGCUCAGCUGUAGGAAGAUUUUCAUUUGUAUAAAUGUUGCGCCCAAGGAAAGUAGAAGGGGGAAGCAUUACUCAGAGAGGCCUACAUUUGUAGAACUGGGUAACACUAAACAAGAUGACUACUGUGAUACCAUAUCCGAAGUCAGUGCAAUGUUGACUCCCACAUUUUGGCUACUGAGGUGGGUCCUUUGCAUAAGCAAAAUGGGGGACAUUAAGUUGCCAGUUAUGCAGGAGGUUUGUCAGCACAAGCACUGAAUUCUCUGCUAUUGUUAUUCUGAAAUUGACUACUGUAAGUACAUGAUUGGGACCAGUAGAAAUACCAUAGAAUUUAACUUGCACACAACCUGCACUUCUGUAUACAUUAAUACAUACUUUUUUUUUUUUAAUGAUAAUUGAGCAAACACCAUUGGUUAAAAAAUUAUGCUUUUUGUGCUCUUCCAUUGUUGCUGCUGUUAUGUCAUCAUGUUAUAUUUAUAUUUCAUUUGCUUAAAGUCUGCCUAGCGUUUAUGUUUUUAUUUUAAUUUAAAUGUUCUUGCUUUUGAGUUUUUCUCCUGAGUGCUGGAGGCAAGCCACCUCUUUUGUCUAAUAGGGAAAUAAUGGGCUGUGUGCAAUGGUUGCUCAUGAGUUGGGUAAAAAUUCUCUACUUUUUUUUAAACUGCAAAUUCAAUUUUGCAGUUUGGUUCUUUCUAAAAUGACUGUGGGGGUCAUUUAUAAACACUGGGCAAAUUGGCACCUGGGCAGUAACCCAUGGCAACCUGUCAUACCUGCAUCUGACUGGAAAACUGUAAUCACUGAUUGGUUGCUAUGGGUUACUGCCAAAGUGCAAAUUUGCCCAGUUUUUAUAAAUGAGUGCCUGUGUUUUGCUCAGCUCCCCACAUUCCUCUGCAUAUUUUGGUCUGCAGGGAGGGAGGGAAGGGAGGGCUACAAGGGCAAAGUAAGGCAUACUUGAGGUGGGCCCAAUGUACUACAAGUAAUAAGCAACACUGGAGUUUAUGUUGUUUCUUGUUUUGUUUUGUGCAUUUGCCUUAGUCUGUUUAAUUUUUAUAAGUGAAUGUGCUUCCUUUUUACAAAAUAGAGAUAAAUACAAUAUAUUAAUUAUUGACCAUAUCUUUUUAGCUAGCUUUUAAAAAGUAGGAUUGGGUCAUGGAUUUCUGCUUGGUGUGCAGCGAAGAUUAUACAAGUAUGAGAUCCAUUAUCCAGGCAGCUCAGAAUUACAGGAAGGAUCUCCCAUAGACAAAUAACUAUUUGUAUUGCCAUAUGUUUGAAACAUUUUUCCUUUUUCUCUGUAAUAAUAAAACAGUACCUUGUACUUGAUCCCAACUAAGAUAUAAUUACCCCUUAUUGGGGGCAAAACCAACAAAUAAAAUGUUAACUAAACCCAAUUUUUUCAUAGCCUUAAGGUAUGAAGACCCAAAUUGUGGAAGGAUCCCUUAUCUGGAAAGCUUUCUGGAUAAUAGAUCCCAUACUGAUACUUAGACAAAAGGAAAACUUCAGGUUUUCUGGAAAUAGAAAAUGCAAAUAAAGUUUCGUUUUUAUUAGGCAUUUGGUAACAUUGAUAAAAAAACACCUUUUUUUAAUACAAGUAAAGUCAAUUUGGGAGAAAAAAUGUUUUGUUUCAUGUUAACAACCUGUGGUGUUCUCUGCCAUUGCUGCCUGGGAAGUACUGCAAGCUAAAUCCAUGUGUAUAAUGGAUGCUGAGGUUUAAUGAAUAGAUUUUUUUCCUUUUAAGUUUUGAAUUAAUUCCUCCUCUUUUAAUACUCAGUCACGUACCAAUACCGUUCAAAAUACAGUUCUGAAUAAAAAUAAAAUUCCUCAUAUAGGAAUAAAUGGAA